AUGGCCACGCUGUGUGUGCUGCCCUACCUCUGUGCCCUGCUGCUGCUCUCCUCUGCCCAGGCUCAGGCACCCAAACACUGUGUAUCACCACCAAUGAUAUGGAAAAUAAUGGACUCAUAUGGGAAGAUCUCUUAUGAUAACUUUGGGCAAAAGGCUCGUAUUAAACAUGCUGGUUCCACUAAUGGCACUAAUUUUAAUAUGGAGGUGCUUAUGCUUUUCAGAGAGAAAGUGUACUAUGAAAUCAACUGGAGCAAAUUCUCCUGCAAAAAGAGACUUCUGGAUGAUGCCUUUGUUCCCAUGCAAGUGCCCUCUGACGCCAAACUGAUGGGACAGGCCAUUCUGGGCUCUUCCUCGUCCUGGGGCAUGGGUGUGCUGACCAACACGUGGUACGGAUCUCUGCCUGAAAACGUCACUUACUCAGCAGUUUUCACUGAAGUUGGUUGCAUUCCUCUUACCUACAUGACCCACAGCCCUAAAUCAGGAUUUGACGUCCUCAGCACUUUCAACUGGGUGAUUGGCAACACUGACCCCAUGGAGUACAUCCCUCCAUUUAUCUGUAACAAACUCAAAGCAGAUGAGACAGAGGUGCCAAGCAACUUCUUCACAAUUUUGAAAGAUUUUGCUAAGAAAGUCAAAGAUGAGGAGUCCAGCCAGGAUUAUUAACAAGUGACGGUGUUAUACUAAAAUAAAAUGACGUAAAUGCUG